AUGACUUCUCCAGCACAGUAUCAGACGCUAUUUCUGGCCGCCUCGUCUCCCCUCUUUACCUACUCUCCCUUCCUCACCGAGAGGACAUCGAACGACGGAGCAUGGAUUAUACCAAGUGCGACAAACUCGUCAACCCAGGACCCUUUGCUAGUGGCGACAUUAGCUUCUGUGCAAUCAGGUCUACUUGGUGCGGAUAUUCAAACCGGAGGUAGCAGUAAUAACGCUUCUGCUGUAAGCCUGAAUGGCGUAUCUGGCAAGUCAUCCAUGCACUAUGGGCACGACGAAAAUCUACAAACUUCUCUGCAAGUCGACCGCAACCCCGAGAUUCCACUUCCUGGCUCCGGGACGCGGAUAGAUCUCGUCCAAUCGACCAGUAACAACAGUUCGGGGAUCCAGUUCGGUCCACAUAACUUGCGGAUGGAGGUCAGCUGCGGACAAACAUGUAACACGGGACAGGCAUUCACUUUUCAAGGCGCUAUCCUGGAAACGCUUCUAGUACCGGUUGGAGCAACUCUAGCCAACGCUACCAUCGACGAUUCGUCAAAAAUCAUCAACUACACAGGAUUUGCUACAAGUGGCGUACAAAACAAAUCGAUUGUACCCAAUGACCUGGUCGAACGGAGUCGUGAGAAGACAUUGAGCUUUACAGCGACAAAGUCGGCAAACGCGACACUCUACUUUACCGGCACCGCAAUUGAAGUCGUUGGCCCUGUCGGGCCGACUCUGUCGACCUAUACUUUGCUCGUCGAUGGCCAGACUAGUCUGACAUACAACGCCUCUGCUCCUGUCUUUGUCGCUCAGCAGACUCUGGGGUUUGUGACGGGUCUAGUGCAGCAGGAGCAUACGUUGUUCAUCAGAAACGAGCUCGAGGGGACCGGAAUAGCUCUGGACGCCUUUAACGUCUGGGGUCAAGGGGUAGCGUGUUUCGGGCAAGGUUGUGCAAACAGCGUGCCGACCCCACCCUCGGCACCACCGCCAGCACAGACUGUGCAGACAACCGUUACGCCUGUUGCUACAGGACCGGGAUAUAUUGCAGGGUCCGGACCGUCGGCUGGCUCUGUAGUCGGCGGUAUCAUAGGCGCGCUCAUCGGCUUGAUCUUAAUCUUUGCGCUCUGGCGAUGGUUGUCCAAGCGCGGUCCGAAAAAGGAAGAGCCCAAGCUGGAUCCUUAUGACGAAGCGAACGCCUUGCCAAACCAGCCGAAUCACUUCGUCAGCAUCAAGCCCAAGGAAGAGCAGGGGUAUAUGUAUCCUGGAAAGACCGCGGGAACCCCAUUCUGA